UGAGGAGUGCUGAAUUAAAAAAUUUUGUUGAGUGGAAAAAAGAUCCAACCUGCAUGUUGUGUUCUGUAGAUAAUAGAGCUGCGAGUCCGAAUAAUUUCAUUAAAAUUUCCAAUUCCUAAAAACGAUUUUCUCCAAAUUAUAUUUGCACACACCGAGUUAUAUCAAAAAAACAAAUCUCCAUUAAACAAAUCCGUUAAUCAAAAGUAAAUAAGAGUACCUAAAACCCGGUUCAAGAUAGGAAAGAAAACGAUUACGAUUAUAUUAUACCUAGCAGCGCAAAAUAUUUAAUAAAAAGUGUACCUACAAACCUACCUAAUACCUAUGUGAAAACGUGUUAAGACCAAAUUACCCAAAAAACCAACCGAAUAAAGAAGCAAAAAGCAAAUAAAGAAGUAUUUCUUUUUUGUAUUUAUAUAUUUUCUGUGCAAUAUUUUUUGUUAAAAUAUUUUGUUUUAUUUAAUUUAAAAUAGCAACAACGAUACGGCAAAAUCACAAGUGCUUCGCCAUCUCUCGCAAUUAAUAUUCAUUCCUAUAUUACAUAUAUGUACGUACCUAUGUACAUCACAUAUGAGUAUAUACGCUUUAUAUACACGCGUAAAUAGAAGGUAUAUAUAAUAGUAUAUGGACGACGACGACGAUAGCGACGAGCGACGUCCCUCAUAUGAUUAGUCUCUUGCUAUUGUCAAAAAAUUGUUCGUUGGUUUUUUUUUUGUUUUUGUUGUGUUGUGUUGUGAAAGAAAGUGACGCUGACGCUCCGCACCGCACAGAUCGGUUUUUGGUUUUUUGAUUUUGCUUAUGCUUCUACUGGUGUCUGCUACUACUGCUACUGCUGAACGCUUCGUCUGUCUAACUACCGGUCUACGACGACGUCUGUUGCUGUUCGGUUCGGUUCGGUACGGUUUUGGUAGAGUCCGUAAUCCCGUCGUCGUCCGUUGUCGUUAUAUCCGAUUUUUAUUUUCGCUGCUCAGAGCUCAAUUCUGUACAGUGUACACUUCCGGGAAAGUUUUCUCUCUUCCAUGAUUGAUUGUGCAUUUUUAUUUGUUUGUUCUUUUGCUUAAAUUUCUUCUAUAUUCCUUGUGUAUGGUAUUCGGUUUACGGUGUACAGUGAACGGUGUACCUACCUCUCGACAUCGUGAGAUCUCGAUUUGAUUUUGAUCUCGAUCCGAAUUCUUAAUCUGAACGAUUGAAUAACUGCAAAUGAUCUUUGCCGACAAAAAGUCAAGAUUCGUUUGUGAGCUUGUGCCUUUCGACGCUGGGUUUUUGUUGAAUUUAAGUGUUUUUUUCUUUGCUCUCUCAUUGCCGUCGUUUUAUCGCUCGUUGUCGUUUUUAUUUUAAUUCUAUUUUGUGAAAUUUUCAUCAAUCGCCCAGUCGGCGACGCGACGCACCGUAUCUAUUGUUCGCUUGCCAAUAAUCACUUACUGUGUCAUUUUUGUCUCAAAAAUUUAAUAUUUCGUGAAUAAAAUAGUUGUUGGCUGUGUGCUUGUGUUUGGUGCUUGGUGCUCAGUGCUUAGUGCUACCGCUCCCGCAGCCGCUGUUUCUGUUUCUGUUAGAUCUAAGAUCUAAUUCCACAAAAUCCAAAUCCAAAAGUUCAUCCCACAAAAAUAAUAUAUUAUUGGCUAGCCGAUGUUUAUUGUUGUUGUUGCUUGUUUGGUGUGCAUAGUGUGAUCGAUCUUCGGUGAGAUUGAGGCGUCUUGAGGGUGGAGGAAGCGAGUGCGUCCGUGCGUCGUCGUGUGUAGCCUAAGCUAAUCAACAGAAAAAGAAGCAGCUGGGUGGCCCGUGGCCAGCGGUGUGUGUUUUACGGUUUUUCUAUAAGAAAAAUGUCAUCAUCAAAUCAAAUUUCACCAGCUCUGCAAAUGAGGGCCUUGUCAAAUUAUGAGGAGUUAAAUAUUAUAGGAACAGGUGCUUACGGGACAGUCUACAGAGCCCGUGAUCGUAAUAACCCCGGAAACAUUGUUGCCCUAAAGAAGGUCCGUGUAGCUCUAACAGAAGACGGGGUGCCAUCGUCAACGGUGCGAGAGAUCGCCUUACUCAAACAAUUGGACUCAUCAAAACAUCCCAAUGUCGUUAAACUCCUAGAGGUAUGUCAGUUACUAGAAAGAGGUGGACAACUCGUCCUUUUCCUAGUAUUCGAGCAUUUGGAACAAGAUCUAUCCGAUUUGAUAGAACGUUUACCAAAAUCUGGAAUGCCACCUAUAACAAUUCAACGUUUAUCACGUGAACUACUAACAGGCGUGGAUUUUCUACACUCACACAGAAUAAUCCAUCGUGAUCUGAAACCACAAAAUUUACUAAUCUCAUCACAAGGCCACUUAAAAAUUGCCGACUUUGGUUUAGCCAAAUCAUAUGAUUUCGAAAUGAAAUUAACAUCCGUUGUUGUAACUUUAUGGUAUCGUGCCCCAGAAGUACUUUUAGGGCAAUCAUAUAAUAGUACAGUAGAUAUUUGGAGUGCAGCUUGUAUUAUAGCUGAGAUGUUCACAAGAAAACCACUUUUCCCAGGGACAUCAGAGGGCAAUCAAUUAGAACAAAUAUUCGAAUUAACGGGAAGACCUAGUGCUCAACAGUGGCCCAGAGAAAUUUCUUUAUCUCGGGACAACUUUUUACCCAAACCUCCUAAACAACCUAGUGACCUUUGUCCUACUAUCUGUGAAUAUUCAAACGACCUGUUAAGUAAAAUGUUAUGCUUUGAUCACAAAAGUCGUCCAUCUGCCCUUGAAUGUCUCGAUCAUGAAUACUUUCAUCAAGAACCGCUCUAACAAGCUUUCUACAACUAAGUUUAAGUAAAUUGUUCUUAGAGGAAAGUUAUAUUUAUGUUUUGUUAAUGUUAAUUCCUUGUUUAUAGUUACUUAUUAUUUAUUAGGCUUAGUUUGAAAUAAUAUAAUUUUUUGGAACUUAUUUUUUUCUUUUGUGAGUGUGAACCGAAAAGCAGAGAGAAAAAUUGAAGAAUACAAAAUUACCUAUGUUUAAGUUAAAAACUAUCUAAAAUGUUGUGAUAUAAAUUAUACAAACAUAUACCUACCUACCUAUUUACCUACCUACAUACCAUGUAUUGUAAUAGACCAGAAUUAACCAACAAAUCCCCCCCUUUAAAAUGCUAACAAUAGAAACAACUGACAUAGCCUUAAGUUCUGAAAACCAUACAUUUAAUUACCGCCAGACUGAUAUACAAAAUAGAAACAAAAAAUUAAUAAAAUAGCCCAUAUAUUUAGGAUAAUACAUUUUUCUUUUUUUUCGUAACACGUGUGUUCAAUUUUCGUAAUAAUAAUAAUAAUUAUACAAUCAAACUGCUAUUCUCUCGUUCACUUAAAUUAAAUUUAAAAUAAUUAAUAUGUAUUUAAGUUAUAAUGUAAUAAUAUUAUUUUUGUUUGUAUUAAAUAUUAAUUUCAUGUAAUUAAUUAUUAAUUCAGUAAACUUAUAUCAAUAUGCAUUUUUUUCUUAAAUAAUUAUUUUCAAUGUUUAAUUAAAAAUUCUCGUACAAGUUUAGUGAGAAUAAUAAUUCUAUAAGUUACUUAAAAAUGAUUAAAGUAAGUAAAUGUUAAUUGGUAAUUAUAACAGAAAUAAAUAAGAAUUAAUUGCUUGUAGCUUAUCAUCCAAAAAAAAACGAAUGAAUAGAAAAACAGAAGCAAUUCUUAGCAUUACACAAAAAAGUGAUUUUUAUUUUCUUUUGAUUUUAUUUAAAUUAUUAAAUUUGCAGGAAAAUAUUUAAGAAUUGAUUUUCAAUGAAGUAAAAACAAA